ACAAGGCAAACUUGGUGAAGCACCCACCAGUGGCCAUCCUGCCUCUGGGAACGGGCAACGACCUGGCCCGGUGCCUGCGCUGGGGAGGAGGCUACGAAGGAGGCAACCUGAUGAAGGUCCUGAAGGACAUCGAGCACAGCACAGAGGUGAUGCUGGACCGCUGGCAGAUAGACAUCAUUCCCAGUGACAGAGAGGCCAAUGGAGACCCUGUGCCCUCCACCAUCAUCAACAACUACUUCUCCAUUGGGGUGGACGCCUCCAUUGCCCACCGCUUCCACAUCAUGCGAGAAAAGCACCCUGAGAAAUUCAACAGCAGGAUGAAGAACAAGCUGUGGUACUUUGAAUUUGGGACAUCAGAGACCUUCGCAGCCACCUGCAAGAAGCUCCACGACUACAUCGAGGUGGAG